UUAAAGAUGGCAGUCGCACAGUGAAUCAGGAGAAAAAGAAAGAGAGAGAGAGAAAGGUUGCAAACGGUUGUCAACAAAUAGCAAGAUUUGUACUUGCAGAACGGGUGAUUUAGGAUGAUUAAAGAAACGAGAGAGUUGAAUUGAUCUUAAGCUACGUUUCUUCUCUUUUUAUGUAACUACGACGCGAAAGAAUAAACUGCCGAAAGUGCCGAGAGUAUCGGAAGUAGCAAGCACGGGGCAAGAGCUAUCGAGAAACAAGCCUUCCUCUACCUGAAACAUAGACUUUGAUGAAUGUCUGAGAGUGACUACGAUUCAGCAAACGAGUACACAAGCCUGAUGGACGGUCACGUCGCGGAAUCUCGCCCGGACGACCUGAUCCUGGACAACGAACGUCGGAAGGGCCGCUCCAGAAGUGCUAAUGAAGAAAUAGAAAAUGGUGUUCCUGAGGUACACAUCGAAACGCCAGGCUCAGCUGUCGCCCGAUCAAAUAGACGAGGCACAUCCGGUAGCAAUAAUCAAAAUAGACGGAGGCACUACAGAGAUGAGGAAGAGGAAGAACUGAAGUAUGGGGCGGCGCAUGUGAUCAAACUCUUUGUCCCUGUUUCGCUGUGUAUGCUGGUUGUGGUAGCCACUAUUAGCUCAGUCCAUUUCUAUACAACCAAGGGAAUGUACUUAGUAUACACUCCAUUUCAUGAGGACAGCUCCGACACGAGUACUAAAGUUUGGCAGGCAUUUGCCAAUUCGCUGAUUCUCAUGAGCGUCAUUGUAGUUAUGACUGUGAUACUUAUCAUCCUUUACAAAUACAGAUUUUAUAAAGUCAUACAUGGCUGGUUGAUCAUAAGCUCUCUAUUGUUACUUUCAAUGUUUUCUGCUUUAUAUUGCGAGCAAAUGUUGAAAGCUUACAAUAUUCCAAUGGAUUUAUUCACGCUAGGUAUAGGCUUAUGGAAUUUUGGUGUAGUCGGAAUGAUUUGCAUUCACUGGCAAGGGCCGUUACAACUUCAACAGGCGUAUCUGAUCUUUAUUUCCGCCUUGAUGGCACUCGUUUUCAUUAAGUAUUUACCUGAAUGGACAGCAUGGGUUGUCCUCGGUGUUAUAAGUAUUUGGGAUUUGAUUGCGGUUUUAAUGCCGAAGGGUCCACUAAGGAUACUUGUCGAAACCGCGCAGGAAAGAAACGAAUCUAUUUUCCCUGCUCUAAUAUAUUCUUCUACCAUCUUAUACUCCUUUACUGUGACUUACGCUGGAUAUGUACAAGCAGCUACAAUGGCGUCUGGAGAUACCACAGCGUCUCCUACGCGUGGUCAGGCAGACAAUCAAAAUAAUCCAGUAUCAGGCGAUACAGAAGAGGGAGGUUUCUCUCCCGAAUGGGUAGAAACGCACGAUGAGCGUAGCACGAGACGCGUUCAAGAGGUACGCGAGAACUCGUCCGCUUUAAGAGAAAGCGCGAGACAGCAGGACAAUCGUCCGCGAGAGUCGCAACGACAAGCUGCGGUCGCCGAGGAGGAACGUGGAGUUAAACUAGGUCUCGGGGAUUUUAUCUUUUACAGUGUCCUCGUCGGAAAGGCGUCCACUUAUGGAGACUGGAACACCACGUUGGCUUGUUUUGUUGCUAUUCUUAUUGGCCUCUGUUUGACACUGCUAUUGCUGGCUAUAUUCAAGAAACCGUUACCCGCGUUACCAAUUUCUACCACGUUCGGUUUGACGUUUUAUUUUGCUACGAGAGCAAUUGUCGCGCCGUUUGCUGAUAGUUUAGCGAGCGAGCAAGUGUUCAUUUAAAUUAAGAUUAAACAAAUCAAGACAAAAAGUACCUACACUUUUAAACGUUUAUCAGAGAAUCGUGUAUCAAGUGUGUGUUAUGUGAGUGUAUGUAUGAGUGUCUUAAAAUGCUCAGAGAAAAGGGAAAUACUAAUUUAAAUUUUUAAUAUAGAGAAUGAGAGAUAGAGGAUGUAAUUACUUUAGUAUUUUUCUAUGCGAAGCGAAUUCACAAGAACGCCUCGUUAUGGAACUAAGCGGUUUACAUUUCAUCGCGGCAAUAUGUGAUAAUCAAGCGAGAAAAUGCGCUGCAUUAUAACAAUUUAUUGUACUCCAUUGUUACACUUAUGGAACAUAUAUAGGUCUCGUAGGUUCAUGUAUAAAAAAAGCGGAUAACGACUGGAUGAUCGCGGUGAAUUGUAUGAAAUACGCGAGGUAAUAUCCGUUCGAAUAAGUAAUAACUGCCUCGUUAUACACUCAUCUCGAUUAGUAUUCGCAGUACGCACUGAACGGUGCCGUUACUCUAGAGCGUCAAGUUCGUUAUCACUAAUUAUUAAUUAUUAGCCAGGAUGAAUCUGUGGGGUUUUCUCGAAUCCAGGUUACACACAGCCAUGGAAUAAAUAUUUUUUUUAUCAUACUACUGAAAAGCAUAUUUAUCGUACUUGUGGCGCUUAGUGUUUUUUUUUAUAUAGAUUUUAUUUUAACAUACUAAAUAUAAUAGUUUUCUUAAAGCUGAAAGUGUUAUUUUUUUUCGUCGCAUCUUUGAACAUCUGAUAAGAAUACAAGACGAAAUGUCCUGGUUAUAUAACGAACAAGCUUUUUAUCUCAAGGUUUUUUGCAUGCCAAUAUAAGAUGCUUUUCAAUAAACUUUAAUACUUCAGUCAUACAAUCCGAUCGAUUUGAUCAAUUGUCAUCCAUAGCAAUGCAGUGAUAUCUUCCAAAUCGAUAAUAUCAUUGAUCAACUUUGGUUUAGUAUUAAUAUU